AUGACUUUUGGUGGUUGUUCGUUUGAUGAGCACUACAGUAAUUGUGGUUAUAGUGUGGCCUUGGGAACCAAUGGAUUUACCUGGGAGCAGAUCAAUACCUGGGAAAAGCCAACGAUGGAUCCUGCUGUCCCAACUGGCUCCUUCAUGAUGGUGAACAGCUCUGGGCGGGCAUCUGGGCAGAAGGCUCACUUGCUGUUGCCGACGCUGAAGGAAAAUGACACGCAUUGCAUCGACUUCCACUAUUACUUAUCCAGCAGAGACCGUUCCAGUCCUGGCUCUCUGAAUGUCUACGUGAAGGUGAAUGGGGGACCACAGGGCAAUCCCAUAUGGAACGUAUCAGGGGUUGUUACAGAAGGAUGGGUGAAAGCAGAACUCGCCAUCAGUACUUUCUGGCCACAUUUUUAUCAGGUGAUAUUUGAAUCUGUCUCAUUGAAAGGACAUCCAGGAUACAUAGCUGUGGAUGAAGUCAGAGUUCUUGCCCACCCAUGCAGAAAAGCACCACAUUUCCUGCGACUUCAGAACGUGGAGGUGAAUGUGGGACAGAACGCGACGUUCCAGUGCAUUGCUGGGGGGAAGUGGUCGCAGCAUGACAAACUCUGGCUGCAGCAGUGGAAUGGAAGAGACACAGCAUUAAUGGUCACACGAGUGGUCAACCACAGACGGUUUUCUGCUACUGUCAGCGUAGCUGAUACCUCUCAGCGCAGUAUCAGCAAGUACCGAUGUGUCAUUCGUUCAGAUGGUGGGUCUGGAGUUUCGAAUUAUGCGGAAUUAAUAGUGAAAGAACCCCCAACUCCGAUCGCCCCUCCCGAGCUGCUGGCUGUCGGAGCCACGUACCUGUGGAUCAAACCCAACGCCAACUCCAUCAUUGGAGACGGACCCAUCAUACUGAAAGAGGUGGAGUAUCGGACGACGACUGGGAAUUGGGCAGAAACGCACAUUGUAGACUCUCCUAAUUACAAACUGUGGCAUUUGGACCCUGAUGUGGAGUACGAGAUCAGAGUGCUGCUAACUCGCCCUGGGGAAGGAGGCACAGGGCCCCCUGGACCACCCCUCACGACGAGAACAAAAUGUGCAGAUCCUGUCCAUGGACCACAAAACGUAGAAGUUGUUGAUAUUCGCUCCCGGCAGCUGACCUUGCAGUGGGAGCCCUUUGGUUACGCGGUGACCCGCUGCCACAGCUAUAAUCUCACAGUCCACUACCAGUAUGUGUUUAACCAGCAAAGAUUCGAGGCAGAGGAACUCAUCCAAACUUCUUCCCACUACACCUUGCGAGGUCUUCGGCCUUUCAUGACUAUCAGGCUGAGGUUAGCCCUCUCUAAUCCUGAGGGCAAGAUGGAAAGUGAAGAGCUGGUUGUGCAGACAGAGGAAGAUGUUCCUGGACCUGUUCCCUUGGAAUCCAUCCAGGGAGGACCUUUUGAAGAGAAGAUCUAUGUUCAGUGGAAGCCUCCAAAUGAGACAAAUGGCAUCAUUACACUCUAUGAGAUUACAUACAAGGCCGUUGGGUCUCUGGAUCCCAGUGCUGACCUGUCCAGCCAAAGAGGGAAAGUCUUCAAGCUAAGGAACGAAACACAUCACCUCUUUGUAGGAUUAUACCCAGGGACUACGUAUUCAUUCACCAUCAAAGCCAGCACAGUCAAGGGCUUUGGGCCACCCAUCACAACACGGAUUGCAACUAAGAUUUCAGCGCCUUCGAUGCCAGAGUAUGACACGGACUCCCCCCUGAACGAGACUGACACUACCAUCACCGUCAUGCUGAAGCCCGCUCAGUCCCGUGGAGCGCCUGUCAGUGUCUAUCAACUUGUUGUCAAGGAGGAGAAGCUGCAGAAAGCACGGAGAGCUGCGGACAUCAUUGAAUGCUUCUCUGUCCCAGUGAGCUACAAGAAUGCUUCCAGUCUUGACUCACCACACUACUUUGCCGCUGAGCUGAAACCCAUCAACCUGCCUGUCACACAGCCAUUCACAGUGGGUGACAACAAAACCUACAACGGCUACUGGAAUGCUCCGCUUUCUCCCCUGAAAAGCUACAGCAUAUACUUCCAGGCCCUUAGCAAGGCAAAUGGAGAAACAAAAAUCAACUGUGUCCGGCUGGCAACAAAAGGAGCUUCCACCCAGAAUUCCAAUGCUGUGGAACCAGAAAAACAAGUUGACAGCACGGUGAAAAUGGCCGGAGUUAUAGCUGGUCUUCUGAUGUUUGUUAUUAUCCUCUUGGGAGCAAUGCUUACUAUCAAGAGAAGAAGAAAUGCAUAUUCCUACUCCUAUUACUUGAAGCUAGCCAAGAAGCAGAAGGAGACUCAGACCAGCACACAGAGGGAGAUGGGUCCCGUGGCUGCUUCCGACAAGACCUCUGCCAAACUCAGUGCUGUUCACAAUGAAGAAGCUUUUUCUUCCAGCUGCCAAGAUGUUAAUGGAUUCACAUCACCCUCUCCUUGUUCAUUUUCUGUCCAAAGCAAAACCCUUCAGAGCAAAUCUUUGUUGAAUUCCUACUACUCAGUAUCAUCAGACACUGUUCCAUCGACCACGCUGUUAGACAGUAGCCAUGGAGAGAUGACCCAGCCAACCCUGACUAUCCAGACCCACCCGUACCGGAGCUGCGAGCCGGUGGAAAUGUCCUACCCCCGGGGGCAGUUCCAGCCAGCCAUCCGAGUGGCCGACCUACUGCAGCACAUCACCCAGAUGAAGCGAGGACAGGGCUAUGGAUUUAAAGAGGAGUACGAGGCACUACCCGAGGGGCAGACGGCAUCCUGGGAUACAGCCAAGGAAGAUGAAAACCGCAAUAAGAAUAGAUAUGGAAACAUAAUCUCCUAUGAUCAUUCAAGAGUGAGAUUGCAGCUUCUGGAUGGGGACCCUCACUCUGACUACAUAAACGCCAAUUACAUCGACGGGUACCACCGGCCUCGCCAUUACAUUGCAACUCAAGGGCCGAUGCAAGAGACAGUGAAGGAUUUCUGGAGAAUGAUUUGGCAAGAAAACUCUGCAAGUGUUGUCAUGGUCACCAACUUAGUGGAAGUGGGCAGGGUAAAAUGUGUUCGAUACUGGCCGGAUGACACAGAGGUCUAUGGAGAUAUUAAAGUCACAUUAAUUGAGACAGAACCAUUGGCAGAGUAUGUCAUACGCACAUUUACUGUACAAAAGAAAGGUUACCAUGAGAUCCGAGAGAUUCGGCAGUUCCACUUCACCAGCUGGCCGGACCACGGGGUUCCUUGCUACGCCACGGGCCUCCUGGGCUUCGUCCGUCAGGUGAAGUUUCUCAAUCCCCCAGAAGCAGGACCCAUUGUCGUGCACUGCAGUGCUGGGGCCGGGAGAACAGGGUGCUUUAUUGCCAUCGACAUCAUGCUUGACAUGGCAGAGAACGAAGGCGUGGUAGAUAUAUUUAACUGCGUGCGAGAGCUGCGAUCCCAAAGAGUCAAUCUGGUGCAGACGGAGGAGCAGUAUGUAUUUGUCCAUGACGCCAUUUUGGAGGCAUGUCUCUGUGGCAACACAGCCAUUCCAGUUUGUGAGUUCAGAUCCAUAUACUACAACAUCAGCAGAUCAGAUCCACAGACCAAUUCCAGCCAGAUAAAAGAUGAGUUUCAGACUCUCAAUAUUGUGACACCGCGUGUUCGGCCAGAAGAUUGCAGCAUCGGUCUUUUGCCAAGGAACCAUGACAAGAACCGCUGCAUGGAUGUGUUGCCCUUGGACCGGUGCCUGCCUUUCCUCAUCUCCGUGGAUGGCGAAUCAAGUAACUACAUCAAUGCUGCACUCAUGGAUAGCCACAAGCAACCUGCUGCCUUUAUUGUAACCCAACACCCUUUGCCCAACACCGUAGCAGACUUCUGGAGGCUGGUGUUUGAUUACAACUGCUCCUCUGUUGUGAUGCUGAAUGAGAUGGAUGCGGCACAGCUCUGCAUGCAGUACUGGCCAGAGAAGACGUCCUGUUGUUACGGCCCAAUUCAAGUAGAGUUUGUUUCAGCAGACAUUGAUGAAGAUAUCAUCAACCGGAUAUUCCGGAUCUGCAACAUGGCCAGGCCUCAGGAUGGGUAUCGCAUAGUUCAGCACCUGCAGUACAUUGGCUGGCCAGCAUACAGGGACACCCCUCCUUCCAAACGCUCCCUCCUGAAGGUGGUCAGAAGGUUGGAGAAGUGGCAGGAACAGUACGACGGGAGAGACGGACGCACUGUUGUCCACUGCCUGAAUGGUGGGGGACGCAGCGGCACCUUCUGUGCCAUCUGCAGCGUGUGCGAAAUGAUUCAACAGCAAAAUAUCAUCGAUGUGUUCCACAUAGUGAAAACGUUACGGAAUAACAAAUCCAACAUGGUGGAGUCACUGGAACAGUAUAAAUUUGUAUAUGAGGUUGCACUGGAAUACUUGAGUUCCUUUUAGCCCAGUGGAGGGAGAGGAGUCUCUGAAAUGCCAGACCCCAAGCUCUGGCAGACCCUUCUCCCCCCUCCCACACUGGAAGGCAGUAACAAGUGUGGGAAGGAAAACCUCUCCUUCCCGGAGCAAGAGACUGAGAUUGCGCAGACCUCGCUGGAAGGAGGAGACGAUGCCUGUGUUUGCUGCUGCCUGCUUUCCCUCGGAACAUCUACUGCUUCUUAAAUAACCUACUGUAAAAAUUAGCGAAAUGGGAGACAGGCUGAAAGACUGGACUUUCUAAUCCCCUCUGACUACUUCUCUCCUCUUUUGGAUUGUAUUUUUGCUCUCCUUACUGCAGAGUGGGGAAGGAAUGAAACCCUUAGGAAAUUCUCUUUUAAAUGUCUCUUUUUUAAUUUAUAAUUUUGUUCUCAAAUCCCAGUCUUUAAUUUUUUAAUUUCAUGCAGCAGUCGUUUGGGAAAAAUGAGAUAGCCAUAGGGGGGAUAUAUGAGAUGAUUCAUUACAAUUUGUCUACUGUUAUCUGUUUCCUUUUAUUUGUUUUUCCAAAUGAAAAG